GAUCUUAAAUUAUUGUCAGUUUCUUGCUAUUAUUAUUGUCUUCGCCAAAAUUCCAUCAUUGUUCCAUAUAUUUAGAACUUUUUCUGUUACUUUAAAGCGAACAUUAUUUCGAGAAUAGACGUGCCGUAUAUCCUAAUCGGUGCAAUGACAUGUGUUAACGACUAGAUGAUAAAUACUUACUUGAUGUAUUGUAUAUUUGGUAGCCACUAAUAAAGCACGUUUCCUCGAAUUUGUGACCAGUCAGCAAAUCUGUCCAGGCCAUACGGGUUUUACGUGUAGUCAUGUGACCAGCUCACAGCCAUCUUGUGGAAAUCGAAGAGAGAGAGGGAGCCCAGCGAGAGACAUCCAAACCUUGUGCUGUCACAUCGAGUUGAGAACUUCAAGGAAAAAAUGGCAGAAACCCAGACACUUAACUUUGGACCAGAAUGGCUGCGUGCUCUGUCUGGAGGGGGUGUUGGUAGUGGUGGGGGUAGUGGCAACAAUAUCGUUGCCUCACCACCUCUCUCACCUGCUUUGCCAAAGUAUAAACUUGCAGACUAUCGCUAUGGGAGAGAAGAAAUGCUAGCACUUUAUGUAAAGGACAACAAGAUUCCUAUUGACUUGCAUGAUAAGGAAUUCUUGCCCAUAUUGCAAGAGGAGCCCCUGCCACCUCUGGCACUUGUUUCAUUUACAGAGGAAGAACAGAGAAAUUUUUCCAUGUCUGUAAACAGUGCAGCUGUUCUUCGGCUGUCAGGGCGCGGAGGUGGUCCAAUAGUUGGAGCACCAAGGGGCCGAAGUACCUCAAGGGGUAGAGGGCGGGGAAGAGGAGAUGGAGGGUUUUACCAAAGAAGUUUUGAUGAUGUGGAAGGUUUUGGACGUGGAGCUAGGGAGAUGCAUCGUUCUCAAAGCUGGGAAGAAAGGGGUGAUAGAAGGUUUGAAAAGCCAGGCCGGAAAGACUCAGAUGCUGCCCAAGGACAUUUUCAGAUGAAUCAUGUUCGAGGCAAUUAUGAAGAUGGAGGGACUGGACUGCCACGGAAACACGAUUUCACACGAUCGGAGAGCGAGAACUGGCGUAUGUCACGUGACGAUCAGAAUGGUGAGGAUGAUGAGGGGGGCUGGCGCCUGGCAGGUUCUCGACGGGACAGUGACCGGUGGUGCCCCCCGAGCCCAGAUGGUCCUCGGUCAGCAGGGUGGCGGGAACACCCAGACCAGCGUCGCCGGUUUCCUUUCGAUGCAAGAGAAGAUGAACGUGGCUACAGGAGGCCACGCUCUGGUAGUGGCAGUCUAGAAGAUGAAAGGGACAGUCUCCCCGAAUGGUGUCUGGAGGACACAGACGAGGAGGCAGGGACCUUUGACUCCUCGGGAGCCUUCCUCUCCCUAAAGAAAGCCUCAAAAGAGCCCAUUCUUGAAGAAGCAGAGCUUGAGUUUAAGCCCUUGGAGGAGUGUGACGAGGGCCUGGAGGAGGAAGACACUCAGCCUAAGCAGACCAAAGACUCAGAAACAAAUGCUAAGCGGGAGUGUGAGAGGAAAGAGACAGCCAGAGUGUCAGAGGAAGUGUCACCUCCCGCCCAACAAGCUUCUCCUCCAACUUCCGAGCCCCAGAUUCUCCCUCAGUCUCUUUUACCCAGCCAACCUCGAAGAACACCAGAGUCUGAGAAGCCUGCUGAAAGGCAGCCCCCGCUGGAGCUCCCGCCCGAACACUGCAAAGCCUCCAUGCACAGCCCUAUGACUAACAGCAUGUUGAACUCCUCACCCAUGACGCACAUGUCCACUCCCCUUACAGUGUCGGCUCCUUCGCCGACCAUCCACCAACCUCAACACAAGCCCAUCGAGGCACCUUUGCCAAUGAAAAACCAUCAGCCCUUCUCCUCAAGUCUACUGGCCCAUAUAGGCAGACCCACAGCUGUUCUGCACGACGCAGAUGAGGAUGAGGGACUUAAACAUUUUGAGCAGGAGGCAGAAAAGAUGGUGGCGUACCUGCAGGACACAGGGGUGGAUGAUGACAGGCUUGCAGCCAAGACUUCAGAGAAGCUCAAACCUGCUGGUCUCCCUCUCACACACGAGGCUGCUCUCAAGUGGUUCUACAAAGACCCACAAGGAGAGAUACAGGGCCCCUUCAGUAACCAUGAGAUGGCUGAAUGGUUCCAGGCUGGGUACUUCACUAUGUCGUUGCUUGUCAAAAGAGGGUGUGAUGAAGUUUUUCAACCCUUGGGAGACAUUAUGAAAAUAUGGGGCCGCGUACCGUUCUCUCCUGGCCCUGCACCCCCACCUCUGCAGGGCGACGGUGACCAGGAGCGAUUGAAAAGACAGCAGGAGCUCACAGCGCUCAACCUUUACCAGUUACAGCAGCUACAAUAUCAAUACCUCCUCAGGCAGCAGUAUGCUCAGGCUUUAGCCCAGCAGAAGGCUGCAGCUCUCAACUCGGCUCCUCUUCAACAGCAGCAGCAACAUCAACAGCAGAUCAACCUGCUUCUACAGCAAUACCAGACUCUCAAGAUGAGAGCCUCCGAGAGCCUUCUACCUCCAGUGACACGUUCUCUGACUGUACCCGACUCCGGUUCUGUGUGGGAAAUGCAGAACCCUUCCUCUCAGGCUUCUGUUCAGGCAAACAUCCAGCAAGCUGCUCCAAGCACAUGGGACGGCAGCAGUGUUUGGGAUUUGCCCAUCGACUCCAUGGCACAGGCCCCAACCAUCGAACAGAUGCAGCAGUUUGAGAAAACAAAGUCUGCAAAGUUGGAGCUGGAGAGGCGUGAAGCAGAGAUGAGAGCCAAAAGGGAGGAAGAGGAAAGGAAGCGAUUGGAGGAGGCUCUGAGGGCUCGGCAAGAGGAGGAACGAAAGCGCUUGGAAGAGGAAGAGUUGGCACGAAAGAAACAGGAGGAAGCUCUGCGAAGACAGAGAGAGCAGGAGGAGGCACAACGGCGGCAAAAAGAAGAAGAGGAGAGGCUGGCACAAGAGGAAGCGCUCCGAAGAAUAGAAGAGCAGCGGAGAGAAGAGGAGGAGAGGAGGAAACGGGAGGAGCUCCUCCGCAAACAGGAAGAGGAGCGCAGAAAGCAGGAGGAACUGGAAGCAUUAAGGAGGCGAGAGGAGGAGAAAAGAGCGGAGGAAGAGGCAGCAGCCGCAGCCGCAGCGGCGGCGGCAGCUCUGGCACUGCAGCAGCAGGAGGAGCAGAAGCGGAGGGAGCAGGAGGCCCAGCGGCAGCAGGAGCUGCAGAGGCAGCGGCAGCAGCAGCAGGAGGCGCUGCGGAGGCUGCAGCAGCAACAGCAGCAGCAACAGCAGCUGGCGCAGAUGAAGCUACCGUCGUCGUCCAAAUGGGGGCAGCAGACGGCAAAUAAUAUGAACCAAACUCAGAACGCUCUGUCUCUGGCUGAGAUCCAGAAGCUGGAAGAGGAGCGGGAAAGGCAAGCGAGGGAAGAGCAACGGCGUCAGCAGCAGGAGCUGAUGAAGCUGCAGCAGCAACAAGCUCUCCAGCAGACUCAGCAGCAGCAGGCCAAGUUGUCCGGCUGGGGCCCGGUGGUCAAGCAGUCCGGAGCCACCAAGUCUCUGUUGGAGAUCCAGAGGGAGGAGGCGCAGCAGAUGAAGCAGAGGAAGGAGCCGCCGUCGCCGCAGCAACAGCUGCAGCAGCAGCAGCACCACCCCAUAGUCACCCAGCAGAGCCGCACCCAGAGCCGAGGCACGAGUUUUUGCAGCUCCGUUUGGGGCUCAGUGAAUCCCAGCAGCUGCUCUACCUGGGGCACCGACUCAAGUAGCAUCUGGGGCGACACCCACAACUCAAACCUGGGCUUCUGGGACGAAGCUGUGAAGGAGGCAGCUCAGCCUCCACCCCAGACCAAGAAAGGAAACACUCAGAAGAACAACAAGGGCAACGCCAACCUCAGCAACUCCGUGGGCGGCCGAGCCAACAAGAAGGUGGAGGAGGAGGAGAAGCUGCUCAAGUUGUUUCAGGGCGUCAAUAAGAGUCAGCAGGACACCUUCAUGCAGUGGUGCGAGCAGACGCUGCACACCCUCAACACGGCCAACAAUCUGGACGUUCCCACCUUCGCAUCCUUCCUGAAAGAAGUGGACUCGACGUACGAGGUGCACGACUACGUCAGGGCCUAUCUGGGAGACACUCCGGAGGCCAAAGACUUUGCCAAACAGUUUGUGGAGCGUCGUGCCAAACAGAACGCCAACCAACAGAAGGUUCCCCAGAACCAGCAGCAGGCCCAUAAACAACAGGACUCAGUGUGGGGUGGGACGGGAUCUUCAUCGCUCUAUCAGUCGAACCACACCAGUGGUCAGCAGCAGCGCUUCGAGACUGUCACCUCAGGGAAGAAGAAGAAGAAGCAGAAGAUGGUCCGAGCAGACCCCAGUCUUCUAGGUUUUUCGGUGAAUGCUUCGUCCGAGAGACUGAAUAUGGGAGAAAUAGAGACUCUUGAGGACUUCUAAGGGACUGCAGCUGAGCGAAUCUCAACCCAUUGUAUCUGAAUUGAACCACAGCUGAAGAACCCAAAAACCUGCCUGGCCCUUCACCACCCCCAAAACUUUUUUUUUUUUUUUUUUUUUUUGAACUCGACCCCCAUCCUCCUGCGCAUCAAGGAAUCAUGCGGUCGCCUCUCUGUGACUUCACAUUAUGAACAAACUCCGGCAGAGUGUUGGCCCUCGCCGCGUUGGGUCGUGGAGACCGAGCAGGAUGGGAUGGCUGGGCCAGAAACCUCGGACCAUCUGAAUCAGGAUUAUCUCUGACCAAACUCCAAUCUGGACUUCAAUCAGGACUGUUUUGUAGGAUCGUGGGGGAAUCGAAGGAGAUUCCGUCAAGUUGUUUUUGUUUUUAUUUAUUCAAAGUUCCUUCUUAUCUCCACCUCUCCCUCCCUCCUCCGCCUCCCCCUGUGUCCAGCUGGGUGUUCAUGGAUAACGCUGGUGACGUAGAACCCAAGGAUUCGUGGCCACUGAUGUCCUGUUUUAAGGACAUGUUCAAAAGUUCCAAGUAGUUAUCUAUUGUAAAAUACUAGGCUGUUUAAAGAAUAAACUUUCAAUUCCACAUCUGUAUUAUAAUAUAUAUGAAUAUGACCUGCUGGAGUCGUACUUUUUUAUUGAUAUUGAAAUAAAACAGUCUGACGGCUGUUGACGCCUGUG